CUUUCAUUGACCUCAUGCCCUAGGCCGAAACAAUGGCUCCCCCCUCCCUUGACCUUGGUCUGAAAGACACACAUGUCCUGAUCACGGGUGGGGCCGGCCUGAUAGGUCGUGUCGUGGUUGAUCACUUCGUCGCCGCUGGUUCACAUGUAUCAUCGCUCGAUGUUAGUUACUCGUCCCCUGUUGUCAAUAUCAACCCCCUCUCGGAUGCCGAAUCGCUGCCGCACGCUCCUUGCACCACCAUACAUUGUGAUAUCUCCUCCGAGGAAUCUGUGCAAGAGGCAUUCAAGACGGCGACGGAUGCACAUGGGCCUGUCGAGGUCUGCGUUGCUUUAGCAUCCCUCGACCUCUCUGUUCUACAGCACUCCGCCUUCACCGACGCGUCAUUUACGCAAUUGAAACGCGUACUCGACGUAAACGUCGCAGGUACCUGGCUCACGGCAAGAGAGUGGCUCCGGGGUCUGCAACGCGCGAAACAAGACCGCAAACCCCUCGGCAAUAUCGGAUUGAUCAUCAUCGGCAGCGAGAGCGGCCACUUCGGCGAGAGACUGAAUGCCGAGUACAGUCUGGCAAAAAGUGCGGUCCAGGGCGGCCUGCUAAUGAGCCUGAGAGCUGAGGCGGUGAGAGUGUGGGAGUCCGCCCGUGUGAACUGUGUGGCUCCAGGAAGCGUGGACACGGCCCGCUGGACAAUUGAGUGCAAGGACAAUCCUGAGCAGUAUUGGCUGGAGGCCCAAGCAACGACCGCCCUAUGCAAGCCAGUGCCGCUCGAGGCUGUAGCAAAGGCGAUUGUGUUUCUUGCAAGCGAGAAUCUCUCGGGUCAUAUUCACGGACAGAUAAUCAAUGUUGACGGCGGAAAGCAGGGGAAAGUGAUGUGGACUAAAGAAGAAGUAGCAUGA